AUGAAGCUGUCUUACCUCUGGACCGCCCCAGAAGUGGACCCAAUUAACCGCAAGGCCCGCUCUGUCCCCGUUUUAAAUGUCUUUAAUGUCUACGGGCGUGUAUUCUUUUUCUCCUGGUGGGGAUUUAUGGUUGCCUUUUGGGCGUGGUAUACGUUUCCACCACUAUUGACGCAUACCAUUAAAGCCAACCUUCAUCUUACCUCAGCCGAGGUUGCCAAUUCCAACAUCGUCUCGUUGUGUGCUACAUUAUUGAUUCGAUUCGCGGCUGGUCCUGCUUGCGAUCGGUUCGGGCCUCGUUGGGUUUUCGCCGGUACACUCCUGGUCGGGUCGAUCCCUCUCGGAUUAGCCCCUCUCGUCCACAAUGCCCAAGGCCUCUACGUGAGCCGUUUCUUCAUAGGUAUCCUUGGCGGGUCUUUCGUGCCUUGCCAGGUCUGGUCGACAGGAUUCUUCGACAAAAAUGUUGUUGGUACCGCCAAUGCCCUGACUGGAGGUUGGGGUAACGCCGGCGGUGGAAUCACCUACUUCAUCAUGCCGGCCGUCUUUGACUCUUUCGUGGCUCGAGGCUACUCGGAUGGCGUGGCGUGGCGUCUUACCUUCAUCGUUCCCCUCGUAAUCACGGUUGCUACCGGCGUAUCUAUGUUACUCCUGUGUCCCGAUACACCAACCGGCAAAUGGUCUGAGCGACAUCUCCACGCUGAGCAGAACUUGGCCUCUCACGGCGUCAACGCGGCUCCUGGCCCGACAGAUAGUAUAAUCGACGUCCCAGGCAAUGUUACGGACAAGGCCUGCUCUAGCAACGGGAACAGCAUUCACGAGGUCGAGAGGGACUCCAAGAAGCCUCAAAAACACGCCAACUGGGAUCAUGAGGCCGUCAUGUCGCGAGGUGAAAUGAUAGGAGUAGCCAAAGGCGAAGUCGUGCAAAAGCCGACAUGGAGCAUGAUCUCAAGGGUGACGUUUUCCCCACAGACCGCCUUCCACAUUUUGACAUACAUGUGCUCGUUCGGCGGAGAACUCGCCAUCAACGCCAUACUCGGGUCAUACUACGUGAAGAACUUCCCACAGCUAGGCCAGACCAACGCCGCAAACUGGUCUGCCAUGUUCGGCUUUUUAAACGUGGUUACCCGGCCCCUCGGCGGCGUCGCCGCAGACGUCUUAUACCAGGCCUCGGGCCGUAGCGUCUGGGCCAAGAAAAUCUGGAUCGUGGUGUGCGGAUGCAUAUCCGGCGCCGCACUCGUCGUGAUAGGCCAGGUUAAUCCGCAUAAUCUAUCUGCUAUGGUCGGACUUGUAGCGCUAGCCGCGCUAUUCCUGGAAGCGGGCAACGGGGCUAACUUUGCCCUCGUACCGCAUGUGCAUCCGCAUGCCAACGGCGUUGUCUCCGGGACCACGGGCGCGGGAGGUAACCUCGGGGGUGUCAUUUUUGCCAUCAUAUUUCGGUUCACGGGCGGCGGGACCGACUACGCUACCGCCUUCUGGGUCAUCGGGGUGGUUACUAUCGCGCUCAAUCUCGGGUUAUGCUGGGUCCAGCCCGUACCGAAGGGACAGGUUGGCGGGCGCUGA